GUUCAUAACUUUUGUGAGACCAACGCUUCCAGUAACGCAUCUCUACAGCACAAUAAAUUUGCCCCAAAUAAACAGAAUAAAAUGUGCAACGAACAGGGAACAUGGGACGUCAUUUUACAGCAUGAAGAUUUCCAGCCCGGCAAUAAUGAACCACGUGACAUUCCGGAUGUAACUCCUAACAUCCGGGUGCUUUACCGCAGACAUAAAGUAGUGGAGGGUGGAGAGAAUGGGACCAGCAAUCCUGCAUGUAAACGAAUCGCUCUUGUGUUUGAUGUAUCGGGGAGUAUGCGUAACAAAAACCCAUCCGGAACAAGUACUAGAAUGAGUAUUUUGCGCCAAGCUACAUACAAAUUCAUUCAGACCGGAUUGCCUAGCGGUACAGAAAUUGGAUUGGCAACUUUCUCGACCACUAGUUCUAUUAUACAGAAUAUGAUGUUCAUCAAAAGUCAAACAGACAGAGAUUACUUUAUUUCAAAGAUCCCCUCUACCCCAGAUGGUUUUACUGCUAUAGGAAAAGGUCUUCAACGAGGAACGGAACUCUUGGAAUCUGGAGAUACAUCUAAUGCUAUGAUUAUCCUCAUGACUGAUGGAGAAGAAAACCGCAAACCAUUUGUGAAAGAUUUGUUAGACAAAGGACGCUUUAACAAAAACAUACCGAUUUUUGCAAUUGCCUACAGUGAAGCUGCUGAUGUUGUAUUGGACAGACUCACACAAGAAACUGGUG